CAAAUCUACAAUAUUCUCAUUCGACUAUGCUACAGUCCAGCGUCCAGUACCGCUGUAUCGGAAAGGGCUUUUGCGGUAGUAUUUGGACUCUUGGAGGCAGACAAGACAAGGAUAACCGACAAAUCGUCAUAAAGCGCGAAGAUGGCGGGCCCGGUCGAUCUAUCACGAACGACUACAAUAUGCACCUCCAACUUCUCCAGAGCGCACUUCAACACCCUCCCUCGAUGCCCCUCUCGAUACCGCAGUGUCACGAGCUGAUCCAACCCACCGAUACCUGGUGGAAAUCAUGUCUGCACCAAUUUCCUCCUGGCUACUCUGCUUGUAGAGCACUCAUCUCAGAACGCAUCCCUAAAGUCCCAAGGUCUAUCAGCGACAAGAUCGUAGACCUCUUCUGCGCUGGCAACGCUCCACUGUCUGAUUUUGUUAAAGGCAAUGCUGACGAUGACGCAUGCUUGAUUCGACCAUAUUUGGGGCGCCGACGUCGCCACAGACAGGACGAGAUAAGUAAAUCGCGCUUCCAACGCUUCAGUCUCCGCAAUGUGCCUCUCCAUAUCGAUCAGAUGGAGGUGUUAGGUCUGGACGUCAAGUCAUACGCCGAGACCAUGGCAGAAGCUCUAGCGCUAAUGCACUGGGGUGCGAGGAUUGACGCGAAUGACGUCGAAUUUGUGCUGGCUCCGCCGCGAGCGAAGCCUGCAUAUCCAUCCACCUUUCAGUCUGACUACUUGGGCGUUCACUGUAUAUGGAUCCUUGACUUCGAUUGCUGUCGGCCGAUUCAGAUGGACGAAGCAGGCGUCGAACAAGCCUGUGCGGCGUUUUUCAAAAAUGAUCCUUUUUAUCCAAGGCCGGGGACUGGGGAGGCAGCUGACGAGGAGCUCUGGAUGGUUUUUAGGCAAAGGUUCCUAGAAUCUAGUCGGAGGAUCCUGGGCGAAAUGAGUCAAGAUGAGUGGUUUCUUGCAGACAUGUUGAUAGAGAGGAUUGAAGAGGAGGGACAGUCACGGAGAAGGGAUAAGAAGGCGGGGCUUCUCAGUGAAUGCCAGUGGAAUAUUUAG